CUUUUUCUGUUUUGAAUUUUGUUCAGGCGCUCAACAUGAUGCACUUUGGGGUCCUAACUAGCAACGGAAGCUAGCGGAAGGGAAAGGAGUAAACCAUCCCAUUAAAACUACCUUAUCUCCUGGGUUUGUUUUUGGCUUAUUUUGAAGCAGAAUGCCGGCUGAGCGCAAGAAAUCAGUAAAUGUGGAUGAGAAAGAGACCGGCACCUUCGGUAACAAGGAGAGGGAGAAAGACCGAGACGGCGAUAGAAGAGCGACGUUCUCCCGAGACAAGGGCAGAGAUGAGAGCAAAAUGAGCGGAAAGAAAGAGGGCGGCAAGUCUGCCGACGAGAAGAAGCGCAGGAUCGAAGAGGAGAAGAGGCGGAAAGAAGAGAAGGAGCGGAAAAAGAGGGAGGAGGAGAAGCAGAAGGCUGAAGAGGAGCAGAAGAGGAAGGAAGAAGAAGAGCGAAAGCAGCAGGAGGAACAGGAAAAGAGGCUGCUGGAGGAGGAAGCUAAACGACAGAAAGAAGAGGAGGCAGCUCAGCUGAAGGAGAAGGAGGAAGCUCAGCAGCUGCACCAGGAGGCGUGGGAGAGACACCAAACCAGAAAGGAGCUGCGUGUGAAGAAUCAGCACGCGCAAGAGAGCCGCCCUGAAGAAGCCUUUUUCAGCCGUCUGGAUUCCAGCCUGAAGAAGAACACGGCCUUUGUUAAGAAGCUUCGAACGCUCACGGAGCAGCAGCGCAGUUCGCUCUCGCACGACUUCGACUCGCUCAAUCUCAGCAAGUACAUCGGCGAGGCGGUCAGCUCGCUGGUGGAAGCCAAGCUGAAGAUCUCGGAUGUGGGCUGCGCCGUACACCUGUGCUCACUUUUCCACCAGCGCUACUCCGACUUUGCUCCACAGCUCCUAGCCGCCUGGAAGAGGCACUUCGAGGCGCGUAAGGAGGAGAAAGCUCCGAACGUGAGCAAGCUGCGCACAGACCUGCGCUUCAUAGCCGAGCUCACUAUCGUGGGCCUGUUCACCGAUAAGGAAGGGCUCUCUCUGAUCUACGAGCAGCUGAAGAACAUCAUCGGGGCGGACCGUGAAAGCCACACCCACGUCUCCGUGGUGAUCAGCUUCUGCAAGCACUGCGGAGACGACAUCGCCGGGUUGGUGCCUCGCCGCGUGAAGAGCGCGGCGGAGAAGUUCAGCCUGGUCUUUCCUCCCAGCGAGAUCAUCAACGCCGAGAAGCAGCAGCCCUUCCAGAACUUGCUCAGAGAGUAUUUCACGUCUCUCACCAAGCACCUGAAGAAAGAUCACAGAGAGCUGCAGAACAUCGAAAGACAAAACAGGCGUAUCCUUCACUCGAAAGGAGAGCUGAGCGAGGAUAGACAUAAGCAGUAUGAGGAGUUUGCAACGUGCUACCAGAAGCUGCUGGCUAACACUCAGUCUCUGGCUGAUCUACUGGAUGAGAACAUGCCUGAGCUGCCUCAGGAUAAAACUGUCCAAGAAGAACACGGUCCAGGUAUCGACAUCUUCACUCCAGGGAAACCUGGAGACUACGAGCUGGACGGUGGGAUCUGGGAGGACGAGGAUGCGAGGAACUUUUACGAAAACCUGGUGGACCUGAAGGCUUUCGUACCUGCCAUUCUGUUCAAGGACAACGAAAAGACGAGCCAGAACAAAGACAAGGAGGAGAGCAAAGAAGCUAAAGAAGGACGUGAGGGGAAAGACGUGAGCUGCACAGAGGAGCUAGAACUGGAGCUCGAGGCUCUGGAUAUCACAGACGACCCUCUAGAGCUAGAAGCUGCUGAUGAGGCUGAGAAUGAAGAACUGGCCAAGAAACUCCUCGAUGAGCAAGAACAAGAGGACGAAGAAGCCAGCACUGGAUCUCAUCUCAAACUCAUCGUCGACGCUUUCAUCCAGCAGCUUCCCAACUGUGUCAACAGAGACCUGAUCGACAAGGCUGCGAUGGACUUCUGUAUGAAUAUGAACACGAAGUCCAACCGCAGGAAGCUGGUCCGUGCGCUCUUCACCGUUCCCAGGCAGAGACUGGAUCUGUUGCCUUUCUAUUCACGGUUGGUGGCCACUCUGCACCCGUGCAUGUCUGAUGUUGCGGAGGAUCUCUGCUCCAUGCUCAAAGGAGACUUCCGAUUCCAUGUAAGAAAGAAGGACCAAAUUAACAUUGAGACCAAGAAUAAGACGGUGAGGUUUAUUGGCGAGUUGGCCAAGUUCAAAAUGUUUUCCAAAACGGACACGCUGCAUUGCCUGAAGAUGCUGCUGUCUGAUUUCUCUCAUCACCAUAUCGAAAUGUCCUGCACUUUACUGGAGACGUGCGGACGCUUCCUCUUUAGGUCACCUGACUCGCACUUGCGUACUAGCGUCCUACUGGAGCAAAUGAUGCGGAAAAAGCAGGCACAGCACCUGGACGCUCGCUACGUGACGAUGGUUGAGAACGCCUACUACUACUGCAACCCUCCACCCAUGGAGAAAACCGUGCGCAAGAAGAGGCCUCCUCUGCAGGAGUAUAUCCGCAAACUGCUCUACAAAGACCUGUCGAAGGUUACCACUGAGAAGGUUUUAAGACAGAUGCGCAAAUUGCCCUGGCACGACGCAGAUUUGAAGAGCUACCUGAUCUGCUGCAUGGUGAACAUCUGGAACGUGAAGUACAACAGUAUCCACUGUGUGGCUAACUUGCUGGCCGGGCUAGUCGCAUAUCAGGAGGACGUCGGUAUACACGUCGUGGAUGGAGUACUGGAGGAUAUACGCCUUGGCAUGGAGGUGAACCAGCCGAAGUUUAACCAGCGGCGCAUCAGCAGUGCGAAGUUCCUGGGCGAGCUGUACAACUACCGCAUGGUGGAGUCGGCCGUGAUCUUCCGCACGCUUUUCUCUUUCAUCUCAUUCGGUGUGAAUCAGGACGGCUCACCCAGUCCUCUGGAUCCUCCUGAACACCUGUUUCGCAUCCGCUUGGUGUGCACGCUGCUCGACACCUGCGGCCAGUACUUCGAUCGUGGCUCCAGCAAGAAGAAGCUGGACUGCUUCCUCAUCUACUUCCAGAGAUAUAUCUGGUGGAAAAAGAGUUUGGAGGUGUGGACUAAAGAUCACCAGUUUCCCAUCGAUAUCGACUACAUGAUCAGUGACAUGUUGGAUUUACUGAGACCCAAAAUGCACCUGUGCUGCUCUCUGGAGGAAGCCUGCCAUCAGGUCACUGAACUCGAGAGAGAAGUCCUCAUCAAACUGGGCUUUGCUAUAGAGAAGGAUGGAAGCUGUUCCAGCACCGUGGGAGAAGGAGAGGCUCUCGAUGAGGAGGACGAGGAAGACGAAGACGAACGUGGAGCAGAGACAGAAGAGCAGUCCGGAAACGAGAGCGAAAUGAACGAACCUGAGGAGGAGGAAGGCUCUGAGAACGAGGAAGAAGAGCACGACGAGGAGGAAGAAAACACAGACUACCUGACAGACUCCAAUAAAGAGAACGAGACAGACGAGGAAAAUAACGAGGUGAUGAUUCGUGGCGGAGGUCUGAAGCACGUGGCCUGCGCUGAGGACGACGACUUUAUUCAGGCUCUGGAUAAGAUGAUGCUGGAAAACCUGCAGCAGCGCAGUGGCGAGGCAGUGAAAGUGCAUCAGCUCGACGUUGCUAUCCCGCUGCAGCUGAAGAGUCAGCUGAAGAAAGGCUCCGCCCCCGCGUGCGCAGGAGACGCAGACGCUGACAUCGACACCAUGCAGUUCGUCAUGCUGACCAGGAAAGGCAACAAACAGCAGUUUAAGAUCCUGAACGUGCCGCUGUCGUCACAUCUGGCCGCCAAUCACUUCAACCAGCAGCAGGCAGAGCAGGAGGAGCGCAUGCGUAUGAAGAAACUCACUCUAGACAUCAACGAACGACAGGAACAGGAAGACUACCAGGAGAUGAUGCAGUCGCUGGCUCAGAGACCUGCCCCUGCUAACACAAACCGAGAGCGCAGACCGCGCUACCAGCACCCUAAAGGAGCACCAAACGCAGACCUGAUAUUCAAGACUGGGGGAAGGAGACGCUGAGUGAGCGAAUGAUCGCAUGAAGAAGAGAGAGAAACAAAGGGAGAGCGUGGUGCACUGCUCCCUCACUGAUGGGAAACCGUACCCGCUACAGACUCCAACUACACCAACCUGAGAGGAGAGCAAGACGACGAAGACGAGCCCCAUCAGCUCUACGGCUGCGGAGUUCAACGACCAGUACGGUUCACACACAGAAGAACAAGAUAUGGACACACAUACACACACACACACACACAAACAGAUAUCUCCAAUUACAGACAGAGGACAUAUGAUGGACAGACAGGCUCCAGAGCACAGACUGCAAAUGUGUGAAGGGUUGCAGAGGGUCAGUAUUUGGUGUGAGUGUGUUUAGUUGUUUCUGCAGCUGCAUCACACUGCAACGAGGAGAACGUGGUGACCAACUUGCACAGGGUUAGGAACUCAUCCUUCACAGGUGAAACGUGAAAACUCAAAAGGAAACAGGGCCCGAAAAAAAAGGAACAAAAUGUUUUGUUAUAAUAGGCAGAUCAAGACACGGGAGAGUGAGAGUACUGUAGAACAUGCUGCUUCCCUCAGCAGAGGCAGAGGAAUUAGAUAAGAGGUGGAAACAUUGUUUAUUUUUCUUGGCCAAGCUUUCUGAGUUGUAAAUCAUUUGCACUCCUGGAUCUGUAUUUUUCUUUCUUUCUUUUUUUCCUUUGUGCUUUAUAUCAGUUUUUGAAUGAAUAAUCCCUUUUCCCUGUCACAUUCGGCUAACUCUAGCGGCAAGUGAUUUUCUCUCUGUUCAGCAGUUUAUAUUAAAAAUAGAAAUGUGUUCUUAGAGAUGGCAUAGACCUCAGCAUAUGCUUUAUGUCACUGAAUAUUAUUAAUAUGCAUUAAAGUGAAUUAAUUGCUGUGA